AUGGCGCAACUGAAGACCAAUAACUCCGAUGAAACCCCACAACCCGUGAAGUCCAACAGCGUGCCCGACCAGGAGGAAGCCGGUGGCCGCACCGGUGGCCGGCAGAUGCACGGCAGCCGUGGUCAUGAUCGUGAACCGCAAGCCGAUAACCACGAGGGCGUCAACAGCUACAACCAAGGUCAGCGCAAUGCAUCCGGGUGGCGUCCUGAACAAGAAGACGACCGUCGGCGAGAAGACCGCCACCUACACGACAGGCAGCGCCUUGAGCGUGACCCCAAGCGAGAGGAGCGCGGCGGCAGCUUGCAGGAAGUGGACAGGGACAGAGAUCGGGAGAGAGACCGUGACCGGGAUCGUCGGGACUGGGAUGUUGACAGGGGUCGUGAUUCCGGUGUCCGAGAGUGGGAGAGGGAGAGGGACCGGCCUCGGGGGGACACUGAGCGCGGCGCCGCCUAUGACUUGGAGCGGGAUCGCCCUCCCGUACGGGCAAGGGAACGGGAGAUGGAGCAGACUCAAACCACGCCGGCACGCCACAGCCUGUCUGAACCAACACGCGCUUAUCACGACGACCGUGCUGCCGCUGGUGACCAAGCUGCAGGCGGCGGUGCCAGUGCUAGCAAUACCAGACCGCUAUCUCGGCCCUCCACAGCUGCCUCUCCACCUCGCCCCAGCAGCACUCCUGCAGCUGAUCCGGGUCCAACUCGAGAGGAGCACCGUGUGAUGCGGGCACCGUAUGGACCACCCAACAUGCGGCGUGAAGAUCCGCUGCCACACCAGCAGCAACGCGGUCAGCCAGGCUCCUCUCCUCUGGCCGUCGGUGGCAGCCUGUCAGAGCACAGCGGUCCACAGGACCGUGAACGGGAGCGAGAACGGGAGCCAGGCACGGAACGGGAUCGCAAGCAGGAUGUACCGCAGGAUGUACCGCGCCGGGAUGCUAGUCCUCCGCCGGAUCACGACAGUUGCGUGGAGCGAGCGAGAUGGGGGGAAGAGCGAGGUCGCGUGCGGGAACGAGAACGGGAGCACGAGCAGGACCGCGGGCGGGAACGGGACAGGGGAGAAGGCCGGCGCUCACAACCGCUACCUGACGACAGACGACUACACGCCCCUCCGAGCUUGGGCUCAGGGCCUGUAAGGGAGCUACCCAGGGUUACCAGCCAUGAUGGCAGAGCCAAUGGUGAGCCAAGGCGUAAUCAUGAUUGGCAGAUAGGAGGGGUGCGGCCCGAUGACGGGCGACCUGGCGGUAUGGGACGAUCUGAGUACGACCGACCUGGUAGCAGAGGCAGACCGGAGUACGACCGCCCCGGCAGCGGCAGUAGGACAGAGCUGGACCGCCCUCCGGGGGGAAGCAGCAGGCCCGAGUACGACAGGCCCAAUGAUGCCAGCAUGAGGCCCGAGUACGACAGGCAAGGUGCCGCCGCAAGGUCCGACUAUGACCGCCCUAACAUCUGCAGUAACAGCAGAUACGAGUACGACCGGCCUGGCGCAGGUGGCACCAGGCCUGAAUACGAUCGCGCUGUAAGGCGCGAGAACGGAGGCGGGAGUAUUGGUGGCGGCAGCAGUGGCUUGGAUUACGAACAGUAUGGUUCUGAAAGCGGAGCUCGAGCUUUGUUGAGUCGUGCCAAUUCAGCCCCAGGACAAGGACCGGCCCGGGAAUACCGCAGCCGGCCAGAUCCUCCACCGCCAGGACCUGGCCCCGGCCCCGGUACCAGGGGGGAGGAGUCCCCACGUAGCCGCCGUGCAGUGCGCGAGCGGGAGGGCCGCAGCGGGGCUGAUGACCGGGAGCACGAACAUGAUCGACAUCGCGACCAAAGGGGCUACCAUCGGGACCGGGAAGUCCGCGAGAGAGAGCUCCGAGAACGCGACCGGGAUCUGCGAGACCGGGAACUAAGAGACAGAGAGCUACGAGAUCGGGAACUACGAGAACGCGAUUUGCGAGAUCGUGGGUUGCGGGAUAGGGAGCGACGUGAGCGCGAGCUGCGAGAGCACGGCAUUGAUCGGGGCCCGCGGGACAAUGACUUACGUGACCGUGACCGGUGUCGCAGCGAGGAAUGGUGGGCUGGUGCUGCCGGCAGCGGGGGUGCCUACGGGGCCAUCUAUGGUGCGCCGGUGCCCCGUGGCGGCUCGGGCUCCAGAGAGACAGCGGACUGGCGGCGUGGAGCCCCCACCCCGCCAUCGCUGAGCCGUGAUGCCGGGCCCCGGGGCGGCCGGGAUGUGACACCGCUUGCUGCUGACAUGGUGCGCUAUGGAGGCUCUACAGAUGAUGCGGGUCGCCGGUCUCCGCGGGGCCGGUCUCCGCGUGAGGACCCGCGCGGACCGGCGACUUGGAACGCGGCGCCUGCUGGCCACUGUCCUGAUGAGGCAGGGCAGCAAGCGAGUGGGCCAGUUGGCGAGUGGGGUGAGGGCACGGGCGUGCCAGCUGCGGCUGCGGCGCCACGGACCCGGGCGCCUUUGUUUGUUGGGAGCGUGCGGCCAGCUGGGGACGCAGGACGGGUGCCGCCUCCUAGCAGCCGCCAGCAGCGACGCACAUCACCAGAGCCGCAGGAAGCACAGCAGCAACCAUUGCCGCAGCCGCCGCUGCAACAGCAACCGCUGUCUUCACCUGUGCUUCUGGAAAUGCCGCUGCCGCCGCAGCAGCAGUACCCGCCUGGUUCUGACAGCGUGCGCAAUACGGACAGUGAUGAAGUCGGUGAGGGCCCUUGCCGAGAGGAGGCCCGCCACCUGACAGCCAGAUCCUGCGACAUGCGCGCCACUAGUUGCAGCAGCGAUGGCACUAACAGCAGCCCAUCUAAGCAGGAUGAAGAAUCUAAAGGCGCUGGCAGGGAACGUGGUGUAGGAGCCAGCGGAAGGAGUUACACGGACAAGGCCGGCGCCGACGGUGGCGAGGGUUGCAGCGCUGGCGGGGAUGUUGGCCGUGGCGAUGACAGCAACGGCAGUAGAGGCCAAGACGCGCCGGUAGACAUGGCGGUGGAUGAACUAUCGACGGACGUUAGGCCGCUCACAGAGGCUGCUGCGACAAGCAAUGCUGCUGGUCGCAGCCCCACACCUGCGCCGAGUCCGCUCGCCGUGUCUGCAUCCCCUCACCACACGCCGCCAUCGUCACGGCCUGGGCGGGUUGCGGAUCGAGAUGGCAGCGCGGCGCCGCCACCGUCUGACGACGGACCUUCCUCCAGACGGGAGGAACGCUCGCCAAUGCCGCAGCGCGAUACCGACGGCGCGGCAGCUGUCGUACAUGCUGGCUGUUUCGACAAUGCCAUGGAAGUAGACACGGCUGCGGCGCGCCCUGAAGGCAGGGAAGGCAGGAGCGGCGGCGCACCCCUCGCCACCGCCAUUGAGGGCAGCACCGGGAGAGGCUCUGCAGGACGAGGCGGGACCGCCGCUGGCAGGGUCGACACACUGCGGGACUCGGGUGCAGGGCCGGAUGCGAACAGGCACCGUGGGGAUGAAGCUCAGCAGCGAUAUGGCGAGGAGGGCAGGGAUGGACGGGCUGGUCAACCUUACAAGUCGCAGGAACGACCAGCAUCGCAACCGUUGGCUUCGGGAAAGAUCGACCGAGGUGGGAGUGGCGGCCCGCGCCCGCAGCAGCCCUACCAGGAUUCCAAUACACAGCGCGGUGGGUUGGGACGGCGGGAGGUGUACGAUGAUGACAGGCGAGCCAGGCAGCUGCCGCCGCCGCCGGGCGACGGCCGCCAUGACAUGGGCGGCGGGGGCGACGUUUAUGGGGAACGCCGGCCUCAGCUACUGCAACCAUACGGUUCCGGAGGAGAGCCGCGCCGUGAUGACUACGACGACCGCAGACGGCCAGCGCCGUCGUAUAUCCUGCCUCCGUCCUCGCUUGACAGCGGCCGUCGCGACCCGUAUGAUGACGGCCGGCUGCCGCCGCGACGCGACGAUUACGAUGACCGCCGCCCGCCGCCGCGACGUAGGGACGAUCCGUACGACGACUGGCGAUCGCAUGGGCCGCGGCCAACGUCACAGCGCCGUGACGAGUACGACGAUCGCUCAAGGCAACCCAGUGGGACCCGCGGCCCUGGCCGCGACAGCUACCCUGACCGCAGGCCACCACCGCCACCCUCAGCGCAUGGACCGUCAUCCUCGGCUGCUGCCGGUACUGCUUCCGCCGGCCCUGUUGGCCCCUCCCGAGGAGAUCCGUACGACGUUCGCCCUUCGCAGCCGCCGCCGUCGGGACGUGGCAGUGAGGGGUACCGGGAGCGCGAGUGGGCUGACCGUGGCGGUGGCGGCGGCGGCGGCGCUGCCGUCGCCCCCAGGGGUUAUGGCCGUGAUGGCGGCCCUGGCCCUCGACGUGAGGGCUCGCGCGGCGACCGCGGCGGCUGGGGGCGAGAGCGAGACGUGGACCGAGAACGGGACUACCAUCUGCGGGAGCGGGAACGGGGCAUGCAGGUACCGUCGUCGUCGACACAACGUCGACCUGCAGAUGGGCCCCCUGGCUCCUACCGGGACGGCGGCGGCGGUGGAGGCGCCGACAGGCGCCCAGGCUCGCCCCUGCCACCUCCGAAGCGGCUGCGCACCUCUCCACCGCGGGGACCAGGAGGCGGUGCAGGAGCACAGCGGCCGCCACCCGCAGGGGCCCCAGGAGGAGCGGCAGCAGGCGGAGUGGAGGGGGCGGCGCUUAGCAGUGCAGACAUUGUCCGCGCCAUGAUGGCUGCACCCCCGGGAGGUCCGGUCCCGAACAGGGCCGCAACGAGUGCUGGCGGGGGCGGAGCCGGAGGCGCCCAUCACGCAGCGCCAGGAUCCAUGGCUGGAUCUGGAUCUUGGACCGUAUCGGGAUCUGGAUCCGCGGCAGCGCCUGCCGCUGCCGCAGCCGCUAUGCACCCGCCUCAACUGACCGCGGACCAGAAGCGCAAGCUGCUCUGGGGGACCAAGAAGGUGGAGACCGUUGUUAACCAGGGCGCCGCCGAAUCCCUGUACGGAGCGAACCGCUGGGACCGUGCGGCCGAGGUUCUGGAGACUGACCGGGACAAGGAGAGGUUCCAGCGGCUGAUGGGGCUUAAGGGGGAGCUGGCGCACCGGCCUGCCUACCCCCCGCUCGAGGCUCGUCCGCCCUCACCCGGGUCGGAGUCGCACCUGGCCAUGACACGCGAGCAGCAGGAGCGGGUGCUGGGGGAUGUGGAGCAGCAGUACCUGGCGGGGCUGAAGCGCAAGGACGGCCGCACUGCGGGGCUGGGCAUCAUGUAG